AUUUGCAUGUGGCCAGCGGGGCCGUAGUUUGAGGACCCCUGUUCCAGUGGCUCUGGAGGCUGAACUCCCUUCUGUGACCCCUUAGCUCUGGGAACUACAUUUCCCAGAAGGAGUAGCGCUGAGUGGAGGCACUGACAGGUCAAGAUGAAAGCGUUGCCUGGAGAGCUCCCGGCCUGGAGGCGGGACUUCCGGCCUCUCGGCAGCCGUCCAUCUUUGCAGGUUGGCCCGAGUGGAUUCUGGCGCCAGAGCCCCUUUUCAGGUAACAAAGCGGCGGGGCGCCGAAGAGGCGUGGUCCUCCGUGCACGGGUCCGAGGCCGGGGGCCGGGAAAGGGAACGUGACGCCCACGCCGGCUCCCCGCAGAGUCCGAUGGCGGCGGCGGCCGCGAGGCGCCUGGCUGAGGCCGGCGUGACCCUGGAGGACGUGGCCGUGCGUUUCUCCCGGGAAGAAUGGAGGCUGGUGGACGAGGCUCAGAGACGCCUGUACCUGCGGGUGAUGCUGGAGAACUUUGCACUUGUCUCCUCUCUGGGUUGCUGCUGUGGAGCCGACGAUGUGGAAGCACCCGGCGAACAGAGGGUUUCUGUGGGAGUGUCGCAGGGGAAGAAUCCCAAGGCAGCCUCGUCUUCCCAGAAGAGACACCCCUGCGAGAGUUGCGGGCCGGUCUUGAGGGACAUUUUCCACUUGGUCGAGCAGCAGGGGACACAGCACAGCCAGAAACUGCUGAGGUGUGGGUCGUGUGCAAAACGAUUUUAUUUCAGUGCAAAGUGUCACCAGCCAGAGGAGCAGCACGUCGGAGGGGAGCCCUUCAGAAGUCGUGCGGACAAGGCCUCAUUCGUGACGAGCGGCAGCACCCACCGGUCAGGGAAGACCUUGGCCUCUGAGCAGGGUGAGAGGGACUUCCUGCCCAGCUUGGGACAUCAGCAGCCACAGCUCACUCAAGCUAGGGAGGAGCCAACCAAAGUCACCCCGUGUAUAACUCCACCGAGCAGAAUAAGCCUUGGCUCUUCUGGAGAAUGCAAGAAAGAUUUCAGCCCCCAACGCAUGUUUCUUCAGGACCAGAAUGUCCAUUCGGCAAGACCGUGUUUUGCGUCCAGUGAGUGCGGAAAACUGUUGAGGUACAAAUCCUCAUUUGUUAGGCACCCCAGAGUCCGCACAGGGAAGGGUUUUCACGUGUCUGGCGAAAGUGGAAAAUUCUCCCAUGGAAGCUCAACCCUCAGUCAGCAUCGAAAAAUUCAUCCAGGUCCCAGGCAGUCCAAGUGCAGCAAAUGUGGAAAAUCCUUCAGCCACAAGCCUGUCUUUAUUUAUCCCCGGGUUCGGCGCAGCGGAGAGAACAGUUACGUGUGCAGUGAGUGUGCGCAAUCUUUUAGUCGUGGCUCAGCGUUCAUUCGCUAUCAGAGAGUUCAAACUGGAGAGAAGCCUUAUAAGUGUACCUACUGCACCAAAUCCUUUACCUCUAUCGCGGGCCUCGGUUAUCAUCAGAGCUCCCACACGGGAAAGAGACCUUACGUGUGCGGUGAAUGUGGGAAAUCUUACAUCACCCCGAUGGCCCUCCGCUACCAUCGUAGUGUUCACACCGGAGAAAGGUCUUACGACUGCGGCGAGUGUGGGAAAUCCUUUAAUAACAGGUGGAAGCUUGUUCGCCACCAGAGAAUUCACACAGGAGAAAAGCCUUACGCGUGCGGCACCUGUGGCAAGUCUUUCACCAACAGCUUCACCCUGCGGUAUCAUGAGCAAGGCCACCUGGGAAAGAGGCCUUACGAGUGCAGCGAGUGCCGGAAAUGUUUCACCACGAGCUCCGGCCUUCGUUACCAUCUCAGCAUUCACACAGGAACGAGGCCGUAUAAAUGCAGUGAGUGUGGCAAGUCUUUUAUCUGUCGAUCGACCUACCAGUCUCAUCAGAAAACUCACUCGGGAGAAAAGCCCUACGAGUGCAGUGACUGUGGGAAAUCCUUUACCCGGCGAAGCAGCCUCCUUUAUCAUCAGAGAGUUCACACCGGAGAAAGGCCCUUUGCGUGCAGUGAAUGUGGGAAAUCGUUUACCAGGAUCUAUGCCCUUCAUUGUCAUAAGAGAGUUCACACAGGGGAACGGCCUUACGAGUGCGGCGAGUGUGGAAAGUCGUUUCCCACAAGCAGUAGCCUCGGAAAACACCGGAAAGUUCAUCCUGCAGAAAGGCCUUUCGAGUGCGGCGAAGUUGGGAAAUCUUUUGCCGGCAGUGACAUCUUCUGUUACCAUCAGAGAGUUCACGCAAGAGAAAAGCCUUUCAAAUGCAGCCAGUGUGGGAAGUCUUUCACCUCUGGUGCCUCCCUCCGUUAUCAUCAGCGAGUUCACACCGGAGAAAGGCCAUACGAGUGCAGCGAAUGUGGGAAAUCUUUUAUAUAUAGUUCCAAACUCCGUUACCAUCAGCGCGUUCACACUGGCGAACGGCCUUACGAGUGCAGUGAAUGUGGGAAGUCUUUUAUAUAUAGUUCCAAACUCCGCUAUCAUCAGCGAGUUCACACGAGUGAAAAACCUUAUAAGUGUGGCGAAUGCGGGAAAUCUUUUAUCUACAGUUCUACGUUUCGUUACCAUCAGAGAGUUCACACUGGUGAGAGGCCUUAUAAGUGCAGUGAAUGUGGGAAAUCUUUUAUCUAUGGCUCCAAACUUCGUUAUCACCAGCGAGUUCACACUGCUGAAAGGCCUUAAGUGUGCUGGGAAUGAGCAAUUUCCUGUUCGGUGUAACAACACUUGAGGAGGAAACAUUUUGGGGAGUCAUUUGUCUGAAUUGAAACUCUUAUAUCUGAAUAUGCACAGUGGGGAGAUUUCCCCAUAAGUUUUAUUUAUGCUGGAAGUGUGUGUAUUUUUCUCAUUCUGACUUUCCCAGGCCUUCUUCUUCUUGGCUUAUGGUGCUCCUAGAUUCUGAGGCUAAUUCCUUCCACCUUUCCCACCUGGCAGGUCCACAGACUUUGCGAUAGUCAACACCCCAUUGUGCUUAUGUACGCUGACCUCUGGUCUCAUGUAUAUUGUGGCAAAAUGGAAAUGACCAGGGGGUCAGCUUUCCUCUUAGGACUAAUUUGCACACGGACACGCGGCAGUAAUGCAUUGCAGCUUGCAGAGAAAUGACUACGUGUUCGUCGAGGAUGAUAAUUUGUGAUGAGAUAUUCCACCGUCCAGUUUAUGAACUUGGAACUGUCUGCUGCUCAUGACGUUGGCUUAUACAAUAAUUCAGAAUUUACUCUUUGUAAAAAUAUUUUGUUAUUUAUUUUAGAGAGAGGGAGAGGAGGAGAGAGAAACAUUGAUUGCCUCAUGCACUCGCUCCGAGCAGGGAUGGAACCCGCAACCUGAACAUGUGCCCUGACCAGGAAUUGAACCCACAUCCUUUUGGUACAUCAGAUAAUGCUCAACCAACUGAGUCACACUGGCCAGGACAAGGCCUUACUCUAUUUUUUAAUGUAUUUUUUAUUGAUUUCAGAGAGGAAGGGAGAGGGAGAGAGAUGGAAACAUUAAUGAUGAGAGAGCAUCAUUGAUCGGCUGCCUCCUGCACAUCCCCUACUGCAGAUCGAGCCCAUGACCCAGGCAUUUGUCCUAACUGGCAAUGGAACCGUGACCAGCUGGUUCAUAGGUCGAUGCUCAACCAUUGAGCCAUACUGGCUGGGCGACGUCUGACUCUUUCAAGUCUUUUUGUCGUUAUUGUUUUAAUCCUCACUCAAGGAUAUUUUUCCCAUUGAUAUUUAGAGAGAAUGGAAAGGAGGAAUAGAUGGGGAGGGACAGAAAGAGAGAGAGAGAGAGAAACACUGAUGUGACUGAGACAAAUGGCUUGGUUCCCUCUUACACGCACCCCAGCUGGGGCCAGGGAUGGAACAUGCAACCCAGGUAAGUGCCCUUGACCGGGGAUCGAACCCAUGACCCGUGGGUGCACAGGGCAAAUUCUCUAAUCACUGAGCCACACCGUGCAGGGCUUUUAAUUCUUCUUAAUCUUGCUUAUUCUUUUUAAUGUAUGGGGUUGUGUAUAACCUGAUUCAGGCUCUACAAGCAUGAAGAGGUGAACAACGUUGUAAGGGGCGUCUCAACAUUUCUCUGCUUACGGACAGGCUGUGCGAUGGCAGAAAAUGACUGGCCAGUUUUGACCAAAGUUGAGUCGCUGUCCACAGCCUCCCAGGAAGGACUGAAAGACUUUCUGGUCCUGAUUUGGUCGCUCUGCGUUUGAGGGGUCUUGGCGGUGACCCUGAGGGAGCAGGUGAGAUCCUCAGGCACCUAUGAGAGUAGCCUGAUGGUUCCUUCACCCAGAGCCGAUCUCGAAGAUUAUACCAGCACCGUCCAGGGGAUAUGUUUCUUUGGUCUCAACGUGUCACGUGCCCUGAUUUCCACAACUCACUGGGCUGUGGCUAGUGGUUGGGAGACGGUCCAGGGAAAAUCACAGUGUUUGGUACAGAGUCACUGGCCGAAUAGGGAUUGGAGGAGACUGCGUCCGACUCGUUGUCCUGUUCCUCUUCAAAGCACGCAUCCAGAAAUGUGUCUGUGACGGUGACUGCACGAUUAGUGUGCACAGAGCUCAGGACCCGCUGGCAUGUUCAUCCUGGGAAGCUGCCAUCACGGUCAGAGAAAAUAAAAAAGAUCAUCCAAUCGUUUUGUGGAUUCCUGUAGCGUCUCAGUUACGUCCGCCUCAAAGCCGUGACGACACAACGAGAGACAAAAACAGAGGCCUGAGUUCCAUGAUGUGGCUUGUGGAGAUGGGCCGCAUUCCUGUUGACUCAGGUGGAAAUGUUCAUUGCUUAACAUACUUUGUUAUUUAGGACAGUGGUCGGCAAACUCAUUAGCCAACAGAGCCCAAUAUCAACAGUACGAUGAUUGAAAUUUCCUUUGAGAGCCAAAUUUUUUUUU